AUGGCGCUCAAGGCAGAUGGCAAGACGACCUUUGAGCCGGCUCGGGUCAUCCAGCCAAUCUAUACUGGUGGCGCCGUUGCUCUGAGUGAGGAUGGAAGACUGCUGGCUACCACAUUGGGCGAGGAAGCGCUGGUCACAGAUCUGAAUACUGGCGCACACCUCGCUCGCAUAGAAGGCGACGGCGAACCACUGACCACCCUGGCAUUAUCACCUGAUGCGAGCUACCUUGUAACAUGCUCUCGAUCACUUUCCUUGCGGACAUAUGCGCUACAUCCCUCCGAGACUCUUGACGACGCAAUCAAUGCGAAGCUCCUCCGGACGAUCAAACCCCACAGCACACCCGUCAUCACAGUCGCCGUUGAUGCGACAAGUUCUCUACUAGCCACAGGCGCAGCAGAUGGCUCGAUCAAAGUCUGGGACUUGCGAGGCGGCUACACGACUCACACGUUCCACGGCCAUAGCGGCAUUAUCUCUGCGCUGCACUUCUUCGAGGUUGACACUAUCGACUCCGAGCAAAUGGGGAAGGGCAAGAAGAGGAAGAGCAAGCAGCGAAGUGCUGAGGCUGUGGAAGUUCAGCCGGAUGGCGCCACCGCUGGGUACAGGCUGGCAUCUGGUGGCGAGGAUGGCAAGGUCAGAGUUUGGGAUCUGCAUAAGAGAAAGGGUGUAGCGACGUUGGACGCACAUGUCUCCGUUAUUCGAAGCCUCAGCUACUCGCCCGAAGCACGGCUGUUACUCUCCGCCAGCAGAGACAAGACUGCGAUACUGUGGGAUGCUCGGACAUGGCAGCAAAAUUCUACUGUGGCAGUAUUGGAGGUCGUGGAAAGGGCUGGGUUUCUCAUGAAUGGUCGAUUUCUGUUCACGGCAGGCGAAACAGCACGCGUGCGAAUAUGGAGCACAGAAGGCGGUGCAGAGUUGACCGAGGAGCAAGAAUCUGGUGCAGAGAAUGAAGCGAUAGUGGAUGUGCUACAUCAUAAUGGCUUGCCGUUCUUGCUCUCUGUACAUGCUGAUCAGACACUUUUGCUUUACGACCUCGGAUAUCUCACCACACUCGAAUCGACCACAACUUCUCAGCUUCCAGUUCUACCUGUUCUCAGACGAAUCUCUGGAACACACGACGAAGUCAUCGACCUUGCAUAUAUCGGCACUGAUCGCAAACAAUUAGCUCUCGCCACGAAUCUCGAAGACAUCCGCAUAGUAUCCCUCGACAGCGUCGACGAGGGCACUGGCUCUUCGUACUUCGGCGCGGAUGUGGGACUUCUCAAGGGUCACAGCGACAUUAUCAUCACUCUCUCGAUAGACUGGUCUGGCCACUGGCUAGCUACUGGUGCAAAGGACAAUACUGCGAAGCUAUGGCGAUUAGAUCCUGCGAAUGUCGACUAUACCUGUCACAGCACUUUCACUGGUCAUGCUGAGAGCAUAGGUGCUGUCGCAUUGCCGAGUGCGUCUCCACCGUCUGGUUCGAAGGAGUAUAAUUCUCCGCUAGGUUACCCACCAAAAUUUCUGGUCACCGGCAGUCAGGACAAGACUGUGAAGCGAUGGGAUGUUCCUGCUUCGUCUGGUAAAGCAGCACGAGCGGCUUACACCCGCAAAGCGCACGACAAGGAUAUCAAUGCCAUUGCUACGUCAUACUCGUCUACUUCGCCUCUCUUCGCAUCGGCCAGUCAGGAUCGAACGGUCAAAAUCUGGGAUACCGAGACCGGCGAAGCGGUCGGUGUGCUACGUGGGCACAAGCGAGGAGUCUGGUCCGUCGCCUUCUCGCCACCAGGCAUGCCUGCAUUGACAACAGGUGAGGGCGGUGGCGCGAGCAGUGCCAAGGGCAUGGUCGUCACGGGUAGUGGCGACAAAACGGUCCGGAUAUGGAGUCUUAGCGACUACAAUUGUUUGCGGACCUUCGAAGGACACGCGAAUAGUGUGCUGAAAGUGGUGUGGCUACCUGCGCCCCAGGCAGGAAGGAAGGGGGGGAGUGCGAGGAACGUACAGGUUGCCAGUGCGGCUGGCGAUGGUUUGGUGAAGGUGUGGGAUACGCAGAGUGGCGAGUGCGCUGCUACGCUGGACAACCAUAUCGAUCGGGUGUGGGCCCUUGCUGUGAAGCCGUCGACUGCACUGGAGGAAAAGUCAAAAGAUGAUUCCGAGGGCGUUCAAAUGACGGAUGAUAACGACGGAGACGAGGACGAGGUUGAGGACGUGCCACAGGAGGCGACCCUCGAAUUGGUUUCAGGCUCCGCAGACAGCACCCUUACAUUUUGGCACGACACCACUUCCGCCACAGCACUAGCUGUAACACAACAAACGACACAACGCGUAGAACAGGAUCAAGAACUACAAAACUACAUCCGAUCACAGAACUACCGUGAAGCUAUCGUCCUUGCCCUGCAACUCAACCACCCGAAACGACUUCUGGACCUCUUCAACGCCGUGGUGAAUGGCCCACAAGAGCCAGGUAGCUUCGUGGGGAAGAAAGACGUGGAUGGCGUGAUCGCUAGUUUAAGCGACAACCAACUCUGGGAUCUACUCCGCCGAGUCAGAGACUGGAAUGCCAAUGGUCGCACACACAACACUGCUCAACAUGUCCUACACGCUAUCCUUCGACUCGUGCCCAAGGAUCGACUUCUACGCUUGCGAAGUCGGAGGAGGAACAAGGCUGCUGACGACGAUGCGGAGGAUGUGGAUGGUGCGUUGGCGAAAGGUAUGAAAGAUGUGGCAUUGAGGGAUAAGGAGAGCCUGAAGGAUGUUCUCGACGGUCUGAAGGCGUAUACGCAGCGGCAUUUUGAGAGGUUAGAGAAGGUGGGGGAGGAGAGAUUUGUGCUUGUCUGGGCGUUGCAGCAGAUGGAUGCUGUGGGUGGUGCUGUGGACGGCAUUGGCAAUGAGAAAGAAAACAAUGUGAUGUUGUUGGAUGGGAUGGAAUAG